AUGGUUUCGUUCAUCAACAGUUAUUUUAUUCUUCCAGGUUCUCAUACUCAAGCAUUUGUUUCGUUCGCAACAGCCAAUCCACCACCACUCCCCCCGCUUCCUCCACCACCUCCGAAUUUUGUUGCAUUUAGUCAGCCAAUUCAUUUGCCUCCUCCAUUGCCAAUGCCAGUUGAUACAACUUCAAAUCCAAUAAGACAAUCAGUCAAUCCAUCGUUUUCUAAUCCUGGAUCGAAUUCAGGAUUAAGAGGAAAUUUAUUCGUACCUCAUCAACUUCGACAACGUGUACCACAACAAACAUCAGCGUUUUCGAUCAAAUCUGCUUCACUUCCAGUUUCUAUACCACAAAUUCAACCGAAGGCACAAUCACCGCCGCGAUCUAUUCCACUUGCAGCGACAGCAUCUAAAAUAUCCUCCUCAAAUACUCCAGCAUCAACAUUUGCUGCGCAACCACUAUUAUAUUCUAAAAAUUCAUCAUCCGUUGAAAAACCAGUGACGCCUUCAAAACCAGAUCUAGUAUUUUCUCGCACACCAUCAGUCGCGGUGAGUCCUGUUGAAGUUCAAAAGAAAUUAGAACAGCUCGUUACACUAAAGAAUGAAAAAUCAAGCACCACAUCCGCAAAUUCGAAAUCUGUAACAAUGUCUCAAGCAAAUGAAUCGUUCGAUGACAUGGAUACUGAAUCUGGUUCUGGAAAGAAAAAAGGAAAAAAAGUCUCAAAAAAGGCGCGUUAUGUAAGAAUGGCUGCUGGCCAAACAUGGGAAGAUGAAUCUCUUGCAGACUGGGACACCGAUGAUUUUCGUCUAUUUUGCGGUGAUCUUGGAAAUGAAGUGAACGAUGAUGUGUUAGCACGAGCAUUUAGUAAAUAUCCAUCAUUUCAAAAAGCAAAAGUAAUACGUGAUAAACGAACAGGCAAAACAAGAGGCUAUGGUUUUGUUAGUUUCAAAGAUUCACAUGAUUUUAUUAAAGCUAUGAGAGAAAUGAAUGGAAAAUAUGUCGGUAAUCGACCAAUUAAACUUCGAAAAAGUCAAUGGAAAGAUCGAAAUAUGGAUGUUGUUAAGAAGAAAGUAAAAGAAAAAGUUAAAAUGGGACUUAGAUAA